CAAAAAUAGAGAGAUGUUGUUUGUGGCAAACAGGAGCGACCGAGGGUACUCCAGUAAGGUGCAACAGUUGGUGAAACGGCUGGAGAAAGAGACGAGGGGAGUUGGAGAGGGGAGGGUGGGUGGAGGGGAGGGGAGGAGAGAGGUCAAGAGCUGGAGAGAGUGCUCACAGAGAGAACUGGAGAGGAUUGGACCAGUGGCCAGGAGCCGCUACCUGGCAGUGAGUUACACAGCCUCCUUAUCUUCUACACAAAAAUGAGUAUAUAUACUGUUGCAGUUUUUUAUCCCUCAGAGACUAAUGUCUUUCUGUUUCAGUAUGAGCCACCUUCCAAGGAGGUCCAGGAGAAACAGAUGGAGUCAGUGAAACGAGUCAGAGAGAGACAAGCUCAGCAGAGAACUGCGCAGCAGGAGCAGUUGAGUCUGGGUAAGUUGGUGGAGUUGGAGAAAGACAGUGAACUCAUCGGACAAAUCAAAGCAGCGGAGGCCAGACAUAGAAUAAAGUCACUGCGAGAAUGCUAUGAAAAACAGCAGGAUGAAGAACUUCAAUGGCUCAUCAACAGUCAACCCACUUCCCUUGAGGCCGUACGUCUUAAGACAUUGCUGAGACCACACCCACCCGACCACGCCCACUCCACAUCCAUCAUGGACCCUCUCUCACACACCCAGCGAAAACGAUGUGAAAUUCUGAUAGAAGAUGAUACAAGAAUAACGUGACUACUUUAUUUUUAAAUUAUGGCAUUAAUAU